CAUCAUUACUGCAAUGGCUACUGGUAGACAUAGGUAUAGGUUUGUUGAUGGUGAGCCUAGGGAUGGAUUAAAAUGUAGCAAAUGUCACCUUGUACUAUGUGAUCCUCAACAAGCUACCUGCUGUGCAAAAAGGUUUUGCAAGAGCUGUCUAGAUCAAAUGGAAGACAAAAGGUGUCCUUCAUGUCGAGAGCCAAUCAACUGCUUUAGAGAUGGUGGAAUCAAUCGUGAGAUCAUGGGUCUUAAGGUUUACUGCACUAACAGUGAGGAGGGUUGUGAGUGGCAGGGAACUAUUAAUGAAACUGAUGAUACAUCAAUUGACACUCAUCUUAAUACUUGUCCCUAUCAACUGGUACCUUGUACUAAUGGAUGUGGAGAGAAGAUUAGGAGAAACUCACUGAAGACACACCUGACAGACAACUGUCUUGAACGAAUGGUUAACUGUCAGUACUGCAACCAAAGAGGUCGAUAUCAACUGAUAACAAGCAGCAGUCAUUUUGAUGAGUGUCCUGACCUCCCAAUCCAAUGCAGUAAUGAAGGUUGCAAUAUGAUACCACGACGACAUUCACAAUCACUACACAAUGAGACCUGCCCUAAAGCUAUCAUACCAUGCGCAUACAAUACUGUUGGAUGUAAUAAGGUAAUGAAGAGAGAAGAACAAGAGAAGCACAAUGAAGACUCAAUAACAGCACACCUACAACUGACAAAGAAGCAGCUAGGGAAGGCAAAGGAACAACUACAAGUCAUCAGGUGGUGCUACCUUUAUAUAUGUUGUGUGUGUGUCUUUGUUUUUGUCUUUGCCUUUGUCUGUGUCUUUAUGUACAAGGAACUGGAAACAACAAACAAACAAAUGCAAGCGUCGUAUAAACAAUUGGAAAGAACAACAAAGGAACAAAUACAAAAGACAAAUCAACAACUGGAAACAACAAAUGAACAAAUGCAGGUAAUGUAUAAACAAUUGGAAAGAACAACAAAGCAACAAAUACAAAAGACAAAUCAACAACUGGAAACAACAAAUGAACAAAUGCAAGUGACAUAUAAACAAUUGGAAAGAACAAAAAAGGAACAACUGGAAAUGGCAAGAAAAGAACAAAUAAAAAUGAUGAAUAAACAACUGGAAUCAACAAAGGAGCAACUAAAAGUGGAAAAAGAAAUAAUAAAAUCUUUGAAAACAGCUUUAGAGCAGAAAAAUCCAUUAAUGAAAACAAAUGAAGUAUUGAAGCUAAGCCAAUUUACUGAGAAAAAAGAAGAAGAUAAGGAGUGGUUCAGCCCAGGAUUCUACACAUCACAAGGAGGAUAUAAGAUGUCACUACGUGUUAUUUCUAAUGGUAAUGGUGAGGGUAAAGGCACACACGUCUCUUGCUACAUACAUCUCAUGGCAGGAGAAUAUGACGAUGCAUUGGAGUGGCCAUUUCAAGGAGUAGUUACUAUAGAACUACUAAAUCAACUGGAGGAUAGGAAUCAUUGGAAGCAUUUUAUACCAAUUGAUGAGUCAAUAGAAGAUGAGGUUAAGCAAAGAGUGAAGGAAGGCAGAAGCACAAGUGGAAGGGGUCCUCCAAAGCUCAUAUCACAUAAAGAGUUAAAGUACAAACCAGCUACUAAUUGUCAGUAUCUUAAAGAUGAUAGUCUGUACUUCAGAGUCAGUGUGAAGGUUACAUCAAAGACAAAGCCAUGGCUAGUGGGAGCAUCAAGGAUUAUAUAAACAAGAAACUUUAAAUCUUAGCAAGUAGUACAAAUGUCUUGUAAAAUUUAUCGUCUCAUUUUAAAGUGUACAAAUUGUUUUUUUGCUGAAAUUUGUAACAUUAAGCUUUGCAAUGCUGCUAGUUAAAAUAUAUUAUAUAUACUUAAACUAUUUUACACUGUUACGCUUGUUCUUAUUUUGCUAAAUUAAAGUCACCUUAAAAUAUUC